AUGGCGUCCACUGCUCCGGCCAGCGCCGCUCGCGGGCGACGCAACGCCAAAGCUGACGGGUUCCAGUGGGACAACCCCGGCGAAGAGCCAGUUUCCCCGAGCUCCCCCUCUCGCCGCCCUUCGUUCCUCCGCCUUUCCACCACCUCGACGAUCCUCCUGCUCUCCGCGAUCUUCGUCGCCGCUCUCCUUUUCAUCGGCUUCCGUAAUUUCCGCGUCGAGGCCCCCGCGCCGCGCUCCAGCGCGUCGCUAGGCUCGUUAGACGGCGAUUACGGAACUGGCGACGAUGACGGUUACGGCACAACAACCAACGCGGCAGGUUCCACGUGGCCGACCGGCAGCAAGUCGUCAAAACUGACGGCCACCGGAACGGGGGUUUCAGGAUCGUUCGGGUCUACCGGCUUGACGGAAAACGUUGGAAAGAAAACGUCGUGGGACGAAAUGUCGGAGGAUGAGGAUGACUUAGGAACCACCACGGGCUCUAGCUGGCCGAGCAAGAGUAGCUCCGCAAUCGGCGGCGGGUUUGGGGGCGGACUUGGCGCUUCGUCGAGCUGGAAGAAGGGGGUCGCAGGCAGGGGAAGCAGCGGGAACUCGUGGGGUGGCGGCGGCGCGGAUACGAUGGAUGAUGACGUGGACACGUUCUCGAGCAGCGCGAAAACCGCGGGAAGGUUUGGCGGCGGCGCGAUGGGUGAUCUGGGUAUGGGAGACGAUGAUGACGAUGGGGGGGCGUUGUAUCCGAAAGAGAAAGGCAGAGCGAGGCCAGGAGACCGGGAGACCGGGAGGGGUAUGGAGCUCGAAGGGUAUUCUAAAAGCACUGCUUCUGGUUAUGCGAAAGGCGCGGUGGGAUAUGGUAAAGGGACGACAGGGUAUGGUAAGAGCGGACGAGGCGGAGUCGCUUCGACGCGGAAAGGCGGUCGUGGUGAUGAUGAGGAUGACGUGGAUGAGGAGGAGGAUGACGUGGACGAGGAGGAUACCAGGAGCAGCAGAAAGAAGGGGAGGAAGGGGAAGAAAGCGAAGAGGAGCAAGAAGAAGAUCGGGAAAAAGACCAAGACGAGGGGAAAGACGACGAAGAAAACCACCAAGCGCAAAUCACGCAAAUACGGUAAAAAGAGCGGCAGCAAAAGCGGCGAAUCGGACUGGGAAGACGACGAGAGGUCGUUCGGUCCCCUGGGAAAAUGGGGACGGAAGAAGAAGAGCCGACGGAGCAAGGCAGCAGAGGAAGAGGAGGAGGACGAGGACGAUGACAGGGGCAGCAGCAGCAGAUAUGGCAGUUCGGGUAGUUCAGGAUAUUCGAAGAAGCGGGCCCGGGGAGUGGGGGGCUACGACGGGGACGCAGAUACCUCCGCGUCGUACAGACAGGGCGCGGAUCGCAUGGGGGGAAGCCGCGGGGAGCGCGGAGGGCGCGGUGGGCGCGGGUUUGACAAGGGGGGAGGUGACCCGCUGGACCAGGCUUGGGAUGACCUGGGGGGCGGGCGAGGGGGGCGGGGAGGACGCGGGUUUGGCCGGGGAGACGAUGACGCGGAGGCGGAGAUGGGGGGAGGCGGAGGCGUGGGCGCGCGGCAGCAACGGCAGGUGGGCGGACGAGGGGCGUACGGCGGAAGAGCAAGACAGAGGGGUGCUGACGUGGAUGAUUAUGGCGACGGCGGAAGGACUACAAGUGGCAACACGUGGGCGCGAGGGGCCAGCGCUGGCAGUGCCGCGGAGGACACGUGGCAAAGCGGGGGCAGGGGCGGCGGAAGGGGAGGAUGGGGGGGGGGAGCGGCGCAGCAGCAGCAGCAGCAGCAGCCGCGGGGGAUGGGGUGGGGAGGGGCAGAUGCGGGGAGCAACAGACUAGGAGGCAAUGGGGGCGUGGGAGGGAUGGGCAGGAUGGGAGCGGGAGCUGGGGGGGGGAGAGGAGCGGGUGGGAUGACUGGGGUGAAUGACAAUGAUGAGGAUGCUUAUAUCGGAGCAGCAGGGGGAGCAGCGGGGGGAGUAGCAGGGGGAGCAGCAGGGGGGGGCAGGGCGUUUGGGGGAGGCAUGGGGGGAGGUGCGGCUGCGUUUGGGGGAAGAGGGCGGAGCAGUGCUGGUGGCUUUGCAGGGGGAGCUCAGGGAGGUGCCAGGGGAGGGAGGGGAGGUAUGGGAGGUGGGUUUGGAGGGGGGUUGGGGCAAGGGGCGGAUGUAGACGGGGAGGAUGACAUGGGUAUGGGUGCAGGCGCUGCUGCUGGCCGUGGUGCAGGUAGCACUAUGGGUAACACGGGCGGAAUGGGCGCAGGGGGGCUCCCUGCAAGGGGGAGGAGCAGGUUAGGGGCCACGAGCGCUGGGUUUGGCGGAAUGGGGGGCAUGGGGAGCAUGGGGGGAGUGGGAAGGAUGGGAGGGAGUGCGUCUGUUGGUGCUGGCUCCGGUUUCGGUGCAGGUAUGGGUGCUGGGAUGGUGGGAGGGGCUGAAACAGAUGAGGACUAUGGACAGAGCGGUGGAGGUGGAUUGGGGGGAGUGGCAAGGGGAACUGCAGGGGCAGCAGGAGCAGCAGCAGCAACCAGAGGGUCAUUCCGUGGUGCUGCAGGGGCAGCAGCGGCUGGGAGAAUGGGUGGUGGGGGAAUCGGCACUGGGGGAAUGGGUGCGACGGGAAUGGGCGCAGUGGGGCUGGGUGGGGAAGAUGAGAUGGGUGGGGCAGAUGAGGAGGGAGGGAUGGCAGGCACAGGUGUUGCUGGGGGGGGCGGGGUGAUGGGUGGGAGGAUGGCUAGUGGAAUGGGUGGUAGUAUGGCUGGUGGUGUGGGUAGUGGUGUGGCUGGCCGUUUGGGAGGUAGGUCUGGGAGCCUCUGGCAGCAGCAGCAGACGCAGACGCAGAGGGGGCAGGUAGGAGGAGCUGGAGCAGGAGGGAUGUUUGGAGGGAGAGCAGGGCAGCAGCAGCAAGGUCUGGGUUUGGAUGGAGACGAGGAUUACUCUGCUGGCGCUGCUGGUGCUGCUGGCGCUGGUGGCGUUGGUGUUGCUGGUGGUGUUGCUGGUCGUGUUGCUGCUGGUGCUGCUGCUGCCACAGAUGAUUACAGCGAAGGCGUAGCAGCUGAUUCCGGCGCUGCCAUCAGCGGCACCGGCAGCAGCAGCAGCAGUGGAGCGAGUGGGAUGUUUGGGGCGAGAAGCAGAGCCGGAAGCAGCAGCUUUGGCACCGCCAGCAGCAGCUUCAGCAGGCGAGGCGGUGUGGCAACAGCAGAUCCGUAUGGGGAGGAGGAGGGGGAGGGCACAGGGGCUAAGGCAGCAGGAGACGCCUCAGCAGGGGAUGCUUUAGGCAUGGACGGUGGGAAUGGCAUGGAAAGUAUGGGCGGUACAGAGAGUGAGGGGUUGGGAGAGGAGGUGGAUGAGGAUGGAGGAGUGGGGUCCGGAAAGGCCGUGGUAGGAUCCAAGACAGGGAAGGGCGAAGGAGGAGACAGCUCCUCCUCUUCGUCUUCCUCUGUUGGUGGCGGUCUGUUUGGUUUUGUCUCUCGCAUGUUUGGUGGGGGUGGGAGCAGUAAAGCGCCCGGAAAGGCGGCAGGGGAUGGGGCAGGGGAGGGGGAGGAGGUGGAGGGGUUUGAGGCGGGGAAGAGCACGGCUCAGUCGGCAGUGGAAGAUGCCCUGAGGAGCACUGAGGAGGAGGGUGUGACUGGGGGAGGCUUUUCCAGGAGCAGGUUCGGCAGUAGCAGCAGCAACGGAGGGGAGGGUGGGGUGGAUGAUGACUACGGGUCAUCGUCUGCUGCUGCUGCUGCUGGCACUGCUGAUGCUGAUGCUGAUGCUGGUGAUGACGCAGACGCAGAUGCGGAUGUUGCAGUGGGGACAGCAGAAGGUUUCAACAAGGGCCGGUUUGUCCGGGGUGCUGCUGGUGGUGGUUCUGGUGCUGUUGGCAGGGGUGGCAUGGGUGAGGAGGAGGAUGAUUCAGAAGCUGCUGCUGCGCUUGGUGAUGUUGCAACUGGAGCCAGCGGUGGUGAUGCCUCAGAUUCCUCUGAUGCUUCUGAUGUGGAUGAGUCUGAUUCGCCUGCUGCAGCUUCUGGGCUUGGUGCUGCUGGUGCUUUUGGAGGGGCAGGGGCAGGGAAGGCCGGGCGGCUGAGUGGGAGACUCAGUGGGAGGUUGAGUGGUGCGAGUGGUGUGACAGGAAAUGCUGGUAGGGUGAAUGCGAGAGGAGCGGGAGGGAAGACGAGUGCAUUUGGAUUAGACGCAUCAGGAUUGGAAGGAUCGGAAUCAGCCGCUGGGGGAGUUGGUGGUCGUGGGGGGAUGGGAGGGGAGGGUGGUGAUGAGGAUGGCACAGGAGAAGGGAUGACGACCAUUCGGGCUACUAAGAAUGCGUUUUUGGGUAAAAGGCGGGCUAAUGUGGGUAGUGGUACGAGCUUGGGGGCAACCCAGGGUGUGGGGCUCGGAGGAGCGAGUCGUGUUGGCCGGGCAAGAAAGACGAGAGUGGGAGGAAUGACAUCACUAGGAAGAGCACAGAUGAAGGCUUCACAAGACGACGAUGAUGAGCUGUCGCUUUGA